AUCGUCUUCCACAUAUCCACAUUUCAUCGCUAUAAACCCUUUUUCUGUCGCCUGCUAUGGCGUUAUCCCUACUUCGAGCCAUGGCCUCCGCCUCCGCCUCCACCUCCACCGCCCGCCUCUCUCUUCUUCCCAAACGUCUCUUAUCUUCCUCAACUACACUCACGCGUCCUCCUUCGCCCCCAACUCUCACUCUCGGCCGUCGAUCUCUCCCUCCGCUUUCCCAUGCCGUUCGAUCUAUCCCCUCCGCCUCCAGGUUCACGCCGAUUCGUUGCCGAGUCAAUAGGUCGGGCAACUCGGGGUAUUCGCCUCUUAACUCCAACUCGAACUUCAGCGAUCGUCCACCCACUGAAAUGGCUCCGCUUUUCCCUGGCUGCGACUAUGAGCACUGGCUUAUAGUCAUGGACAAGCCUGGCGGUGAGGGUGCCACCAAGCAGCAGAUGAUUGACUGCUACAUCCAGACCCUCGCUAAAGUUGUUGGCAGCGAAGAGGAAGCGAAGAAGAAGAUUUACAAUGUUUCCUGUGAGAGGUACUUUGGAUUUGGGUGCGAGAUCGAUGAAGAGACCUCCAAUAAGCUAGAAGGCGUGCCUGGUGUGCUGUUUGUUCUACCUGAUUCUUAUGUCGAUCCUGAGUAUAAAGAUUAUGGGGCCGAGUUGUUCGUGAAUGGUGAGAUUGUUCAAAGAUCACCAGAGAGGCAGAGAAGGGUGGAGCCACAGCCUCAAAGAGCUCAAGAUAGACCAAGGUAUAAUGACAGGACCCGCUAUGUGAGACGCAGAGAAAACAUGAGGUGAGAUGCGAUUGAGAAGCCAAGAAUAUGUGCAUACAACUAGAAGGGAAAUGAAUUUUGAAUCCUCUUACCAUCCGAAUUGAAACUUACUGCAACUAGAAACAAUAAACUUAAGUUAUUUGUUCCGUAAUCUCCAUUCUACUGCGUAGAAGAGUUACAAAUCAUCAUCUGUUUAUUAGGUGAUCCGUUUGUUAUUGUGGCGUGUUGGGUUUAAUGGACAGACAUGGAUGAAUCUAUAUUGCCCGUCGUAGUCUUCUGUCUUCCAGUGAAUUUCUAUGGAGUAUGCCUGGUGGUAAAAACGGUGCACAUUUUAAGUUGGACAGAGUCGCAGUUAUUCUGUGGCACCAUGUUGGCUUGUUGGUGCUCUGUUCUGUUUAUUGUAGUUUCAGUGGAAUUGAGCCGAACUGCUCUUUUUUUUCCUGUUUUUUUAAUAGAUAAAACGUAAGUACUCUAUUUAAA